AUGCAUUAUCUGAGGCUUGACGUUCGAGGCAAAUUAACAGUCUUCAGUUUCAGGAACUCUGCGCUGCGUUCUGAUGAAGAGCAGAAGACCUGCAGGCACCACAAACUAACUUAUGAGAAGAGAGAAAGAAGAGGGGGAGGGAGAAAACAAGCAGGAGUAAAAGUCAGUGAAACGUUCUGGGGACUGUUUACUUCUGCCUUUGGCUCUGCUGUCAGAGAAGAGUUACCAAGUGGAAGUAGUGGCACACAUUUGCUAAAGAGCGGAAGGACAAAGACAAGAGGUUGCAGUGUGAAGAGGGUCAGCAGCAGAGGCCUCACAUUCUUCAGCCUCACUCCAGCAGAAGUCAGCAUGGACCAGCAGCUGCAAGAUAUUUUUCGCAGGGUGUGGACCAAACUACAGGCUCUCCCAGAAGCAACUCCAGUGGAAGUGGGAGCCUUUGCCGUCCUCCUCCUCUUUAUUGCCACGGUUCUCUUCAUGAUAUUACUCUCGUGCAUCCACUGCUGUUGUUUUACGAAGCCAAAGCACCAGCCCUCAAGAGUUCAACCCUUGCACAACAUCUGAGGAAGAGACAGGACAGAACACACCUAGAAACAUCAUCUCCAUCCUUCUUCGCGCUUCUCUGGAAGAAUUAAGUGGGUAUCAAAAACAGGCAAGGAUGGGAAGUUGGUGCCAUGAUAUUUCCAGUACUCGAUUAUCAUCCAGAGAGCCACACCACUGCAAUGCAGCUGAAAGGCACAACUCAUCAAGAUUCAUUAUAAACCAGAACAAUGUAACACUGUGUGGCAGAGUUUCAUUGGCAAAGAGACACAACAACAAAGCUGAUAUGUCCUGAAAUGUCACAGUGACUCAGUUAUUACAAAUGUGGUUUGCGAUGAUGUUCACAUUCAGGAGGAAUGUGGGAAACAACACGGACAGUGUACAUUCCAACAUGUAUGUGUGCUCUGGGCACGAAGUUCAGCAGAAACAUAGCUUUGUUCAAAAACAAAGCGCCCCCUGCUGGCUCAGUGAAGCAAAUCGUGCCAAUGGAAAAUGUGAACUAUUCAUUGUUUGAUGCCACAGUUUUAAAUGUAUUCCCGUUAUAUUGUAAAAUAGUAGUGUGACAUACAGGAAAGUGUUUCUGAGACGCCACUUUUAUGUGUUUUUGCUUCUUCUUGCUUUUGUAAAUGUAUCAGAUGUUAAAUACUUUAAUUAAAUAAACAUUUCUUUGUUCUUAUA